AUGCCGCCCGCCGAAAACACCACCCUGCCACCAUUUAUCGUCCCUCCGGAGUGGACCACGAAUCCUCGAAGUCCUGGAUACGAAGACGACUGGGCGGAUCGUAACUCUGAGGGCCAGGUUUUCGCUCGAUGCCAUGGCCUUGCACCAGCGAGGCCGAUAAUGGAGCAUGUGGAUUCCCUAAUGGUGAUUUUCCAAUCGGGCGACAAAUUCUAUCUCUGGGAGCGCGUAUCCGAUGUCCUUGCUGAAAUCAUUUCUCAAGAUCUGCAUGAAAUUACUACUGUUAUUGCUGAGCUAGGACUUCGAGAGCUGCGAAGGGAGGUUAUCCCUUGUCUUUUCGAUCCAACUGACUUGGAUGACCAGUCUUGA